GUCACAUUAGAUAGCUAAAAUCGGGUUACUUGUAAACCGCUUUGGCUGCUAACGCCACAGUCGCCGGGAAAAACCGCAGAAUUGUUCGUCGCGGCGGCUUCGCCAUGAGGUUCCGGUAUGCGAUGGUCUGUUCGUCGAAUCAGAACCGGAGCAUGGAGGCUCACGCUCUACUAAAGAGGCAAGGUCUCGACGUUGCUUCGUACGGGACUGGGUCUCAUGUAAAACUACCUGGACCGUCUGUCAGAGAGCCUAACGUCUACGACUUUGGAACUCCUUACAAGCAAAUGUUCGAUGAACUCAGGCGCAAGGAUCCCGAACUUUACAAGCGGAAUGGUAUCUUACAGAUGCUUAAGAGGAAUUUAUCUGUGAAACUUGCUCCCCAGAGGUGGCAAGAUAAUGCUGGUGAUGGUGUGUUUGAUGUUGUAAUGACAUUUGAAGAAAAGGUUUUCGAUUCAGUUCUUGAAGAUCUUAACAACAGAGAACAGCCACUUAUGAAAACCAUACUUGUGAUGAACUUGGAAGUUAAAGAUAACCACGAAGAAGCAGCUAUUGGUGGCCGACUUGCCUUGGAACUCUGUCAAGAGAUUGAAGGGAAUGAAGCAUGGGAAGAUACAAUCGAUGACAUUGUCGCAGGUUUUGAAAAACAACAUAGGCGGAAACUUGUCUAUAGCAUCUCAUUUUACUGAAGAUACCAUCAUCAGUUGCAGUAAGCAGUCAACGCGAGCUUUCUUUCGAUAUGCUUAAGGUUUUAUGGUCGAGAGUGGGGAAGAAAUUGUUUGUUAGAAACUGAGAAUUUGUUUUCCAAAACACAUGCCACUGCUUGUUUCUCCUUGCUUGAAAGUUGAAACAGAGCCCGACUCCUGAGCUGAUUCUACAAACCAAAACUGUUUCUGUUUCUGUUUAUUUAAAUUUUAAAAUGGAAAAAGUAAUAUAAUAGAUAGGUGACACUACUUGUCUUAA